AUGGACGACGCUCCCGAUGGAACAAGAGCGGCCACCUUCAACGAUUACAUGGUGACUACCUGGGUCGACGACGACGCAAGAUUCCGUCUGCCACUGUGGAACCAUCACUCAACAACAGGUCCAAGGACAAACAAAAACCUAGAGGGAUUCCACAACCGCCUGAACCGGGGACUCCCACAUCGACACCCAAACAUCUACCGAUUUGUGGAGGUGAUCAGGAAAGUUGAACACGCUGAGAGAGCGAACAUUUCCCAGAUAGACUUUGGAGCAGCACAGAGAAGCAGAAAGAGAGUGUACAGAGAGAUGGAGCAUCGUUUGUGCCGCCUCAAGGAGCAGCUCAAUCUUGGGCUGAAAACACCAAUGCAGUUCCUUGACGCUGUGGGCCAUCUCCUCAAAUUGGGAUAG